GAAUAAAGGAAGUUUUAUCACAGGAGUCAAAUCAAUCAUGGAGCAGUUUGUGCCUGCUGGUCGCUCUCUGUCAGCCUGCAGAAGGGUUUGUUUCGCUGCAGGACAUUUCCUCAACGACCUGUGCUCCUCCAUGUGGUUCACCUACCUGCUGGUCUACCUCCACUCCGUGCUCGGCUUCCGGAGCACCUAUGCAGGUGUGUUGCUGCUGAUCGGGCAGAUAGCUGACGGGGUCUCUACGCCUUUGGUUGGAUAUCAAUCCGACAAAACAUCGUGCUUCUACGGCAAGAGAAAAACCUGGCACUUGUUUGGAACGAUUUGUGUCCUUGUUUCUUUUCCAUUCAUUUUCAACCCAUGCCUGGCCUGUAACGACAGCACUCCUCAGUGGGCUCAAAUACUUUACUUCUCACCCUUCAUCAUCAUCUUCCAGAUCGGAUGGGCAGCCACUCAGAUCUCUCACCUCUCCCUCAUCCCGGGGCUCGUGUCCAGCGAGAGCGACAGGGUGGAGCUCACCGCGUACAGGUAUGCCUUCACUGUGGUGGCCAAUAUCACCGUGUACAGUGUGGCCUGGCUGCUCUUUCGCUUCCAGGCUCAGAACAAUAUGGACACCUCCAUCUCAGACAGCCUGGGCAAGGUGGACACCCCCCUUUUCAGAACUCUGGCCCUGGUUAUGCUGGCUACUGGAGCUUUAUUCUCUAUGGUAUUCCACAUCGGUACUAAAGAGGAGGUGACAGAUUCAAGGAGUGAAAAUCAGAGGAUCCUACCGCCAACCUCGCAGGAAGAGUCGCCUGGUCUUGUGUUUCAGUGGAAGCAUUGGCUGAAGGAGCCGUCCUUCUACCAGGUGGCUUUUCUGUACAUGUGCACCAGGUUAAUAGUCAAUUUAUCCCAGACCUACAUCUCAGUUUACCUCACCAACUCACUGAUGUUACCAAAGAACUACAUUGCCAUCAUACCUCUGGUGAUGUAUGUCAGCGGCUUUGUUUGCUCUCUGGUUAUGAAACCAGUCAGCAAGCGCAUGGGAAUCAGUAUUACCUAUUUAGUCGGCCUGUUGUUGGUAGUUGGCUUCGCCGUCUGGGUGCUUGUGGACAAGAGCAUGGGAGCUGAGACGAUCUACGGAGCUGCCGUGCUGCUGGGAGCCGGUUCAGCCUCGAUCCUGGUCAUGUCCCUUUCCAUGACGGCCACUCUCAUCGGGGAGCAGACGGGAAGUGCAGCCUUUGUUUAUGGAUCAAUGAGCCUCACAGACAAGUUGGCAAAUGGUCUUGGUGUCCUCCUCAUCCAGAGCACACGGCCAUGUGGCACAGAGGCCUACUGCCCAGACUGCAUUUGGUUUUAUCGUGACAUCAUGGUGUCGGUAACCGGGGGCGUGGGCGUGGCUGCAGCACUGUGUCUGUGCACGAUUCUAUUCCGGCCAAUCAGGAUACGGAAAAGUUAGGGCUCAAAAUCUGCACUACACUGAUUGGUAGUGAUUGUCUCAUACAUGUGCACACAGAGAAAACACACUUUCCAAAGAUUUAAUAACCUUACAUAAUAUUGUCGUAGAGGCAUGUGUUUAAUCCUAGAUCUUUCUUCAGAUGUUUCUGUUUAAAUCCAGUAUUAUAAUAUCAACUGAAUACAAAGCACAUUUGUAUUUAAGGUCUUAAGAUUGAAAAGCUUUUAAAAUAUUUUGACAUCAUGUACUUGAUCAUUUUUGUUCUAAUUAUUUUGAAGCUUGGAAAGAAGCUUUGCUGCUAGACAAGGGAAAUGGUGUGGGGAUAAGGCUAUGCUACCACCUAGUGUAUGAAUUUGUAACUACAGUGCUUUCCCUCGAGGUUCGUGCAGGUUUUUAAGGAAAACACUACAGGCUAAAACGGCUAAAACCAUAUAUACAGUCUAUGGCUAAAACCUAGUAUCUUUAAUGAACUGAUCAAUUCUGAGAUUUCGGGCUAUAUUGUUUCCAUAGCACCUCCUUCAGACUACUUGAAA